AUGAUCCCGACCAUAAGGCACGGCUCCCGGGCCGUGGGGCUGCAGGCAUGGCUGGCCGCCUUCCACCCGGACAAGUACAACGCGGUGACCGCCUUCGACGGCGGCCAAAACUCGGGGCCCGACACGCCCAAGGGCCUCUUCGGCACGACCGCCAGCAUUUGGAGCGCCGACGCCACCGCCGCCAAGCCUGCCGCCGCGCCGGCGCCCGGCUCGCCGUCGAGGAGAGAUGGAUUCGAGGCACAGCAGGAAUCGCUGCACCAACAGAUGCUGGGCUUUUCAGCGCUUUUGCCCGGCAUGCCCAACAAGCCUUUCACGUGCCCGCCAAGUCUUCCUCUGCCCUCAAGGCAAGCCAUCCCCACAGACCAGGCCCUCCAGGCAAUCGCAGCUUCCCAGGCAGCCCAAGCUGCCCAGCUUCAAGCAGCCCAGCUUCAAGCCGCCCAGCUCCAAGCACAGCUGCAGGCCCAGGCGGCGCAGGCUGGUCUGGACCUCACCGACAGUGCUGGGCUGGAAGAAUGUAUGCCCGAUGAGUUUGUGUCCCAAGCCCCUGACUCUGCAGCCUUGGGCUUCAUGCCAUCCCUGCAACUGAGCGGGGCUGACGAGGGCUUGAGAUCACAGUGGGCUGCCUGUGUGGUGCAGUCGGCCGUGAAGGACCCAGGGAAGUACUUGUCCCAUUUCCAGGGCCUGGGGUUCCAGGACUUGUUCGAUGCCAUGAAGAGCCAUCUGUGGACGUCUGGGCCGAUACCGGACAUGGCUCUCUUCCAGCUGUUCCGAAAGGUCCACAACAGGGAGCAGGCAGACAGGGCCCUGGCCCUGCUGAACGAGGACAGAGCCACCAGGGUAAACAGGGGCAUGAGCAGUGACUAUUCCGAGGUCACAUCGUCUGCGGUGUUCUGCGCGCUCAAUCGCGCUGGCGAAGACGACGACGUCGUGGCGGCCGCGGAGAGCGCGUCGGCGAUGGGCCUCACACUGUCUCGCAGCAGCAUGUAUCACCUGAUGAAGCAGUACAGUGUCAAGGGCAAGGUGGAGCAUGUGGAGAAGCUUUUCAGGGCGCUGGAGACGGCCGGGAAGAGCUGGAACUCGAACUGCAUCGUGAUCAUGAUGCUUGCCUACUUUAACCAGGGCCGUUUCGAAGAGGCUGACCAGCUGAGGAAGGAGCUGCAGCACAGGGGCAUCAAGCUGUCUGAGAGGAUCAACGCCCGUUUGGACAAGCUCCUUUCAGGGGAGGAGUACUGGCGCUGGGAGGACAAAGUGUAUGUGAGGCAGAGGUCGGGACAGGCACAGCCCUCUGUGCCACAGGUCCCACUGAGCUUUGGCGUGCUCAAUCAUGGCAACUUCGAUCCACCCGGCCUCUUCAGCAACCCUUACAGCCCCACUGCACACACACAACGCCAGUAUCACAGUGCUGUGGUAAUGACGCAAGCACAGGAUGCUGAGGAGCAGAGCUUUGACACCUCCGAAAGCGCAAGCGCGAUGGACGCGCUGCUGGAGGGCGAUGGACUCAAGGAGUCAGCCACACUGCUGAAUGCCCUUGAGGAGCCUAAGGUUCAUCUGAGCAUGCUGCGGCUUGUGGGCUUCGAUGAUCUGUUCAAGGCCAUCGAGGACCACAUGAGACUGCAUGGGCCUGUGGAGAAUGUUGUGAUAUCCUUUCUGUUCAGAAAGGUGGAGAACCGCGAUCAGGCGGAGAGAGCCAUGAACCUCCUGGCCGUCGAGCGGGCUGCCCGCAAGGAGGCUGGGAUAUCUGACGAGUACAACGAGACGACCUGCUCGCGCAUUUUUACUGCGCUCUUCCGCGUGGGCGCCACCGACCUUGCGCUGUCGUCCGCUGAGUCAGCUGCCAGCAACGGCCUGAUCCUCUCGGGCAAGGCCCUCCACGAGCUCCUCAAGAGCUUUGCCAUAUCCAACCAGGUGGACAAGGUGGAGGAAAUCUGGAAGCUUGUCAAGGCGCACGGCAAGCCGAGUUCCAGGAUUGUCUACUCGAUCUUCAGGACGUACUUCGACAACCACAUGAUGGACAAGGCGGCGCGGUUCCGCGAGGAGAUUAGGGAGAUGGGGAUCAGCCUGAGCGCCAGCGCGACGCGCAACAUCGAGGAAGUCUUGAGUGGCGCCAAGCAGUGGGUCAAGGAUCCACACGCCGCAGCCAACGUGGGCCCGGACGACACGGGCGACCAACUUCACUUGAGGGGUUGA